AUGGCACCGCCAACCAAUGAUGGACGGCGCUUGGUGGGGUGGUACCGAAUGGCCCUUGCGGCGUUUGUGAUGGUUGUGGUGAACACUCGUGCUGCCGAAAUCGUUGUGGUGGAUGGAAAUCUGGCCAUCGUUUUGGACGAUCCCGCAACAAAUCGCGUGGUCAUUGGCGGGGCCGCCGAGGCAGAGACCGAUCUCUUCACCGACGAUGAUGCGCAACUCUUGACCAAGGCGCAAGUCGCUGCGUUGCUGACGACUUUGGAGGCAACGAUGGAGAGUCGUUGGGCGUUGCGUUUUGCGCAAAUGCAGGAGCGAAUGCAGGCCCAGCUCGAUGCCAAGCUCAACGUCACCGAACUUGCAGCCACCGUGGAUGCCAUGCUCAUAGACACGGCCAAUGCCUCGGCCCUGCGCACCCGGCUGCAGGGCGCCGAGACCCUCGCCGCUGAUAACAGCCAGCGUGCUUUUGCAGCUGAGGAGCGCCUCACCGCCCUCGAGCAAGCCAAUAACACCCUGGCUACGGUCGUGGAGUCGUUGGCUUCAACCAAGGCCGAUGCCACGGACGUCCGCACUGACGAUCAGAUCCGGGCGGUCAUGACAGCCAUGGUCAACAACGAACCCGCCAACAACGCCGUGCGCAACGCCUUGGAUGCCAAGGUGGAUGCAGUUACCCAAUACGCUGACGAGGACGCGCGUGACCUCCUCAACGACAUUGUCAACAACCCGGAGGGGGACAACAACGCCCUGCGUCUGGUGCUGGAUGAUUUGGCGACGCGCCUGGGCGCGGCAGAAGCGAGCCUGGGCACGGACUGCGGUGCUGCCUGCGCGGCCGGUACAUACGAGGCGACGGCAUGCAAUGUCGGGGCUGGGACCGCACGCGUGUGCUCAGCAUGCGGUACCGGAUCCUUUUCCUACGGUGGAUCCGUUCCCAGCUGCACCAACUGCGAGUCGUGCGCUGCAGACGAUUAUGAGGUGCACGGCUGCACGGCUUCCUCGGAUCGUGUCUGUGCGCGCUGCACCACGUGCGUGCCUGGGCGCACCUACGAGACGACGGCAUGUACGACGUCGACGAACCGUGUCUGCUCAAGCUGCGCAACGUGUGCCAGCAACGAGUACAUUGCCAGCGAAUGCACGGUGAGCAGCGAGCGUGUGUGCAACGCGUGCACAACCGCAUGCGCAGCCAACGAGUGGAUGGCUGAGCCGUGCAAGAGUGAUAGCAACGCCGUGUGCCAGACCUGCACGGUCUGUGAGGCUGGAUUCUACGAGGCUCGGGCCUGCUCAGCAACCGCGGACACACUGUGCCUGCGAUGCACCGACUGCGGAGAGGAUGAGGUGCUGACGGCUUGUAGUGCUGCGGCGGACACGGUCUGCCUCGCUCCCAACUGGGGCCUCAACGUUGACCUGGCAACAUCCCUGCAUCAGCUAAACCGGGCAGGAAGCUAUGUGCCAUUGACGGGCUUUAGCCAGAAUGUCUCCAGUCUGCACAGCACGUUCCUUCGCGCAGGCACAACUUUUGAUGGAACCACUGUCAGCACAACCGACGCCGGUCACUAUUUCCUGGCCUACAACAUUCGGAUUGAUGACAUAUCGGACAAUUGGGUGCACUGUAACAUGGGUUUCAAUGGCGCAAACGAUCCCGCGGUCGACGGAAUGAGCCUUGUCCGGGGUACUACCGACUACAAGCAGUGGACCUUCUCCAACGCUGGCAUCGUUCAGCUGGUAUCCGGCACGGGCGUGGGCGUCUUUAUGGCCGCCGUGGCCGACAACGAUUUCACAGUGCAUGAGGACUCGGGCAUGUCAGCGUAUCGUGUGCACCCCACUGAGGGUGUUUAUGCCCUUUUGACCUCGUCUUACAGCAUCACGACUAGCGCUAGCUGGUUCAAGAUCAAUGGUUGGACCACAGACGUGGCAACCAGCCGAACCCGCUACUUGUUUGGGGGUAGCUUGCAAAGCUCGGCCUACGUGGUGAAAGAAAGCGGCGUGUUUCUCUUGAGCGCCACCGUGCGCUUGGAUGGACCCGGCGACACUGGCGCAACCGGUAGCCACUACCAUCGCCUGUCCAUUGUCGUCAACGAUAGCCCUACGCACAACACGCCUCUGCACAUGAUCCAAGGCACGCCCUUUCCAAAUGAUUACAUGGUUAAUUACGUCGGUGGCUUGGCUUACCUCAACGCCGGCGAUCGUGUACAGCCGUACGGCUUUAACAGCUAUGCCUUCAGCUUUGCUUAUAGUCCCCAGUCGCAUUUGACAGUAGCCCGACUUGAGACCAGUCAUGCCUUCAGUGCUUUGAUGUCCUCAUCGAUGACAGUGACGACCAGUGACCCGGUAGAAAUUAACGCUUGGACCGUCACGCCGGCGACUGUUUCCAUUUGCUUUAACAAGGGUGGUGCUUUUGACCCCGCCAGCGGACGCUUUACGGCUCGCCGUUCCGGCUUUUAUUACGUGGCUGCCAACAUCCGCGUUGAUGGAGUGAAUACCGCCUCUCAGACCCUGGUCACAAUCAAAUCCAGCGCCGACAACACAUACACGGACGCUGGCUUGACGUCCGUUCGUACUCCAUACGGCACUGUCAAUCCCGCGUACCAAACCUUGAGCCCAGUGGGUGUUGUAUACUUGAGGAAGGGCGACUACGUCUCCGUGUUUGUUCAGGUGACUGGAUUCUCGACCUCCUACAUCGUACAGCAAGAAAGUGGCUUCAGCGCCAUGCUUCUUGAUGGUGCCUCGUAG